AUGACUUUUAGGGGAGCUGAAAAUUUGCGAAGCUUAGAUCUUGGAUACAAUCAUAUCGUAGUUAUAAACUCUUCCUUUUUAGGAUUUGCAAAGUUGCAGCAAUUGUCGCUGAGAAAUAACUUUAUUGAUAAUAUUUCAUACGACGAUUUAAAAAACCUAAAUAAUAUUGAAAAAGAAUCGUUCGAUGAAACAGUUUGUUUAGAUACAAUCUAUUUGUCUGGUAAUAAUUUGAAAAAUAUACCAAAUGAUUUAUUUGAGAGUAGGAAUAUUUCACAAAUAACAUUAAACAAUAAUAUUUUAGAAGGAAGUCUUUCCCGUGGAAUGUUUAGCGGACUGAAUGGCAUCAACAAACUUGAAAUUUCGCACCAAAAUUUAGUUGCUAUAGAAGAUUUUGCUUUUUAUGGUUUAAAUAAACUAGAAAUAUUAUUGUUAAAUAAUAAUAGCAUUAAUAAUAUGUCAAAGAACUCGUUCAAGUUACUCAAUAACGUAAAACAAAUAGACCUUUCUUACAACAAUAUUAAGGAUUUUGAUUUUGACAAAAAUAUUGAUGUUUCAUUUUCGGAAAUACCUGAGGUGAACGGUUACUCAUUUAAUCAUAUGAAUAGAUUGCAAAAUAUAAAUAUGUCACAUUGUGGGAUUACAAGUCUGUACAGUAAGGCUUUCAGCGGCACAGGAUUGCAAUUAGAUACGUUAAGAAAUAACUUGACUUUUGGGUCUGAGAAAAGAUGUCAGCUGAGAGAAUUAGUUGUGUCUAAUGCAAGAUUAGAAAAUCCAAAUAAACUGAACAUCAGCAAAUUAAGAUUCUUAAGUAAUCUUGUACUUAGUCACAAUGAGAUAAGAUAUAUCAAUAAAGAUUUUCUAUCGAAUGUCUACCGCAUACAAGAGAUUGAUUUAAGUUACAAUAGAAUAGAAUAUAUUCAACCUGGUGCAUUAAAAAAUAAGGUCCAUUUGAAAACAUUGAAUUUAUCCCAUAACUUUCUUACUGGUUUUAAAUAUGGAGCAUUCCGAGGCCUUGUUAGGUUAAACGUUUUAGAUUUGUCUUACAAUCAAAUCGUUCGCUACCAGAAGGAGAUAUUGGAGGAAGCGGAGCAUUUAGACGUCUUAAUACUGGAUAAUAAUAGGAUACCUUAUAUCAAUUAUAGUGAAUUUUCAGAAACAUCUUUAUCAAAACUAAGCAUAGGCAACAAUUCUAUACCGUGUAAAGAAAUAUCUUUAUUACUUUUAGUUGAUUAUGUUGACGUAGUUGGUCAAAAUGUAGAUGAAUAUGAGGAAAAUGUAAAUGGAAUAAUUUGUGGAACUAAGUAG